GCUGGCGUUAGGUCAAAAACGCUGGAAAUAGAGUCAGGAAUGCCCUGGUGGCAUCUAUAACAGCAGUACGCAAGAGAUGCAGUCGACUGCCGGCUGCUUGCUAGUGCCUUACAUGCCGCUAGCUCCACUUUUACGGCCGAUCAUUUGACGGCAGAUUGCUGCCUGAUUGCUGCCCUGUCUCACGCCGCACGACCCAGGUGGACGAUUGAAAGGUCUCCGCGCCUUGUCACUUAUCAGCAGGCGCGACAAUUUGCGUGCAGCCCCUCGGCUGCGUUCUGAGGCCUAGGUGCAAUUUGCGUGCACUGAGAACAGCUGACAGCCGCUUCAAUGCGUCUCUUGUUAAGCCUAAUAACCUCAGCCGCAGCUCUGAGGCCGUCCAACGCGCCGCUGCCGCUCGUGGAGAAGUCGCGGCGCGCGUUCGGUGCCGCGGCGGUCGCGGGCGCAUUCGUCGCGCUGCCGGCGAACGCCAAGAUCGACGUGAACAAUGCCAUGGCCCGCGAGUUUUCCGCGUACCCCGGCCUCUUCCCCACCGUCGGGACCAAGCUCGUCAAGCGCGGCCCGUUCAAGUCCAAGCGGGACAUGUACGCCGCCCUCGAUACGGACGUGGAACGCGCCGCGCUCAGGAAGUACGACGCGGCCAUAGUCCUCAACGCGAGACUCGGCGGUCAUGCAGUACAAGGGCAGUCAGAUCUGCAAGUACGAGUGCGGCCGGGGCAAGGGCGGCGGCUACCGCGACGAGCAGAUCCGCCAGGUCCAGACGAACCGACGGUGACGCGCCGCGCCGGACGG